UUCAGCUGUUAUUGUUCCUUUUGUUUCUCAAUAUUUCUGUGUAUGUGACAAAUGAUGAAGAGAGAGACGUUAAAAGAAGUUGGAAUAGUCGGAGGGUUGGUCGGAGCUCAGGUGAUUUACGCCGGAAACGCGGAGGUACUGAAUCAGGUGUUGUCUCUGGGAGUCGACCCACUUCUUAUUGCUAUCUUCUGCACCUUUGCAUCAUUUCUUCUCAUCAGUCCUCUUGCUUUUCUCCUUGAAAGAAACCUGUGGCCCAGAAGUCUAAAUUUCAAGUUGAAGACAAAACUGGUUUUGGUUGCUCUGGUUGGAGUAACUCUCUUCCAGUGGUUAUUCUUUGAAGGAAUGAAACACACCUCUGCAUCAAUGGCCACAGCUAUGCCUAAUCUUGCUCCUGCUUUCAUUUUCGUCAUUGCUUGGGCUAGUGGGAUGGAGAAAGUGAAGCUAAGUUGUAUGUACAGUAGAGUUAAGAUGGGAGGGACGGUGUUGUGUGUGGUGGGAGCUUUAAUUAUGAGCUUAAUGCACAGUACUAAAGCCACAUCUAGUUCGUUUAACGCUCUGCCUAUUGUCCCUGACGACGUCGCUUUGGACAAAGAGAAGAUCCUAGGCUGCAUCUGUCUUUUCCUUUCCAUCUGCUGUUUGUCCUCAAGUCUUGUCCUCCAGGCAUCCAUACUAGUCGAGUUUCCGGCGCCUGUCUCUAUGUUUUCAGUAGUAACUUUGAUUGGUGGGUUCACCACGAUAGCUUUGCAGUAUGUUGUUAAGGGGAGUAUGGAUAUGGGAAGUGCAUCAGUAAUCGGUCUCAAGAACCUUGUGGGAUACGCAGUGCUGGGAGGGUUGGUGAGUGGAGGAGGUUUAAGUUUUAAUGCAUGGGUGAUUAAGAGAAAAGGACCAGUGGUUGUAUCUCUCUUUAGUCCUAUUGCAACUGUGGUGUGUGUUGUUGUCUCUGCUUUCUCCAUGAAUGACAGUUUUAACCUCGGAAGCUUUGGGGGAAUGGCUUUGAUGUUUGGAGGACUCUACUUCGUUCUCUGGGCUAAAGGGAAAGAGGAGUGUGGAGAAGGAGAUGAAGUAAAAGAAGAUGCAGAAGAAAGUGUGCUUAGAACAGAGUUUGACCUUGCGAAGCCUCUCUUGCGUUAAAGUCUUGUUUUCUAUGUU